UGAUGCAGUCAGCUGCCCUAGACGUAUUUCCCGCCAUAUCUGGCCAUCACCAGAUGGCUCGAGAAACACUCCUGAACUGUCCCUUGUUUCGAGCAAGGCAGGCUCAUUGGCAGCGGAGCGGAGUCCUGCUGCGUUCAUUUCGUAAUCGCCGGUGGCAGUCUCAAAUGCCACCCCUGUCUCCGCCCAGACCAAUGCUUUUGUGAAAUCCAUAAAUGGGCCUUCGAGACACUGUCUGGACAACGGCUCAUCAUCUCACCAAUCCAGAAAGACACCCAAGUCUAGCACAUCAUCACCCAACCAACCACAUCACUCAUUCUUUGGGACUUUACCCAAUAUGGUACAAUACGACCCGUUCGCUCAGAUGUUCAAUGGUGCCCUUCCAACGCGUGAGAAGGGUGUGGACUGGACGGACGCUCAAGCAGAUAUUGCUCGCUCACCAAGUCAGACGGAGAUGCCUGGAGCAGUUCACCCACGCCUGAGGAGGCUAUCCCAGAGUCACACCCCUCCACAGCCAUUCUGCUCGAAAUGCCAUAUGCGGCGAUCGUCUCAGAACCUCAUCCUGACCCGCAGUCAUUCUCACCACAGUGAAGAUGAAGGUUAUGAGAGCUUCUGUCCAGAUAUCUGCAUGCCGACAGAGCUUCCUCGUCCUCGCAACCACACCAGAAGACAUUCGGGUCUUUGCCCAGGCAAUCUCAUCUCGCAAGAGCACAGCGACGGCAGAACCUCGCCAACCCAGAUGACUGUCAAGUAUUCCUCGGCCCAGCACAAUUCAGGAUACAAUAACAAGUGUCACUGCGAGACCGUUAUCCCGACCGAGAACUUGAGUGAGAGAUACGGGCUGGUCGAGGAACCAGAAGAGAUCAAACCACAACGACAAAGCCUGGACGCGCAAGCCGCCAAUGAGAUGGCAGAGAUCAUGCGUGAGGAAAUGAUGGCCGACAUGGAGGCCCGACAGUCCAUGCUUUGAGGAGAUACAUUGAUAUCUCCAGUCAUGAUUUUACGAAAAUGUAACGUCAAUGGACCGGCACCGUGCACAGGAAGGGAAACGGCGUUUAGGUCCUGUUGUAUGCCACUCGAUGGCGGCGGAUUGACGAUGGGACCGGCGUUGACGGGAUCUGGGCAGGCUAUUGGAGGAUUCACAGCACCAUGGCAGACGCCGGGGCACUGGCUACUCACAUCGUUAGUUGUGAAACGCCGUUCAGGUGUAUAUAUCUGCUGGGCAGGGGCGGCACACAAUGGACAUCGUCGAGCAGCCAAGCUUCAAGCCAUUUGGACAAUGCAACCCUGACUCGGCAGGCAAUUUGCAAGUACCUUGAGGUAUGGACGAGUCUUUGCAGAUUCUAGUUAGUCAAACUUUACCAUAGUCAUGACUAAGGUAGUUCUUGGGCGGACACUGUCACAAAUGUCUCGAGCUUCAGAAUCGUCCCAGGCACUAAGAGACGGCACCGCUUCACCAACAGGCUGUUUCGUCCAAAACCCGCGCGUUGUUCUUCCUAGCAACAUGAAGUGACGUUGGAGCCAAGGUAGCAGGAGGAACACGCAGGGCGUCUGGAGAGAGGGCUGUAUGAAGGAGAAGCGUCAGAGGUGGUACGCUCGUACGGUUGAAGCUCUCUGGAGACAGCGUCUCGUUUGGCGGCCAUCAUUGGGCUCACCAGGCUGGCGUUGCCGCAGGCCGAUAAGGCUGAUGAGGCUCGCUAAGCCAUCAAUUGACAGGCGUGACAGUGUCCAGUUCUCGGGUGAAGUUGAACCGAAAGGCAGGAUGUUCGUAGGAGUCGAAGGAUGCGUCUGGACCUUUUCUCUUCCCAACAUCACACCACUUCCCACCUCCAUCUCAUCAACCACCAGUCUCAAAAGGCCGCUCUAUUCAUCACCAUUUCCCGUUCCUUCCCGGAGAUUUCGGUCAAUUACCGUGUCCUUGUCGUACCAGAUCUAGAGCUCGACAGUUCUCGUUCUCAUACGCCUUGGGUCUCGAGGAUCUAGAAUACGACCCGGGCUGCGUUAUUUCUACGCGAUUUUAUGGCACCACACUUCACCAUUCUGGCCUGUCAUUCGGUCCAUGAACUUCAUACUAUUGUCUAAGUGCAAUACUAGCAUCAAACCCAU